AUAUUUAAUGCUCGCACGCCUGCAACCGCUUUACAGUACAUACAUGUGCACUGCUCAGAAAACAAGACCGCGUUAAGUAAGAAUAAAGCAGUUUUAGUGCGAGUUGGUUUGGUUAUCUUUAAUCUGCAUCACUGCAUGGUGUAUGAAGAUGGCAUCGCUCGAAGUAAAAGACAUGGACUGGGAUUGGCAGGCGACAAAAUGCACUCUUCUGGAGAGAAACCGACAUAUGCUGAACAACCCUCUUAUGAGCGAUGUCCUCAUAACACUCGAGGGUUCAGAGCAAAAGUUCUACGCUCACAAGUACGUGUUAUGCACAAGCAGCUCAGCAUUUCACGGAAUAUUCAGCGGCGGCUUGGCAGAAAUGUUGACAAAUUCUUUACACAUCAGCGACUCAGACCCUGACAGCAUGAUGGAAUUUUUGACUUUCUUAUACACAGAUGAAUGCAAUUUAACCUCAACAAAUAUUGUUUCAGUUAUGUAUCUGGCUAAGAAAUACACAGUGCCUUCUCUGGUGAAUAAAUGUAGUAAAGAACUUUCAAGUGUUUUAGAACCAACCGAAGCAUUGAGUAUUCUAGAAGAAGCAAUGCAAUAUGAUCAGAUGGAGCUUGUUGAAGAGUGUUGGGAAGUCAUAGAAAGCUUUCCAAACAAAGUCAUCAAGUCCGCAGGCUUCUCUUCUAUCCGCCAUGCGACAUUGGUUAGUCUGCUCAAGCGAAAGAACUUACAAAUUCCUGAGAUUGAACUAUUUCAAGCAGUUUUGAAGUGGGCUGAUUAUCAGUGCGCAAAAAAUAAUCUUGACCAAACUCCUGAGAGCCGUAGAAAUGUAAUUGGCGAUGCCAUUCAUGAAAUACGAUUCUUGGCAAUGACUCAAGAAGAAUUCGCUCAAAUCGUUUCCCCAUCUCGUUUGCUUUCUACCAACGAAAUGGUGCACAUUUACGAGAAGUUUAAUGGAAUCUAUUCGCCAGCGUUGGAGUGGAGCGAAGCGACAAGAGAGGAAAGAUUGAGAACUAUCGUCUGUCCAAAAUUUUUGCCAACCAAAGUUGUACCAAAGUCGCUUUCGGAUAACACGUAUUUUUUUCUCAGCUUCUCGGCGAGUAAAGAUAUAAGUCUUCACGGGGUUCGCUUUUAUGCGGGACCAAAUAAAGUCACUUUGUAUGUUAAAAAGUCCAAUCCCAGCGGCUCGUGCGAUUCCGAGAUUCCGCAUACCAAUGUGUGCGCGGGUUAUGUUAUGUUUCCGACACCUGUUUUUGUGAAUCGUGAUGAUUUUGUAAUGUUGUUAGCGGUCAUCGGUGGCAGUUCUUUUGGGUAUUAUGAGUGGAUUGAUAAAAAUGUCUUACACUUGGGUGAUAUCAGUAUCAAUUUUUUGGAAGCGUAUUUACCUUACAACUGUGACUUUGGCUCGGCUCAGUCUGAAGGACGUUUUGAGGAAGUUAUGAUAUCAGUAUCAUGAUUUUCUGUUGUAUAAACGGUUGCGUCAUACAUAUUACAGAGUGGUGACUACAAAUAGGCAGAGGCAUGUAAAUGCAUGAAUAGAGAAGACCACUGCCACUGCCUAAAAAUAUGACUGGAGUGAUAUAAUUUUCAUCUUUCUAAGUUAUUAUAAUAUAUAUUUUGAAUGUGCUAUGAGUGAUAGGUUGGCACCUUAUUUGUGUUUCUAUGUUUUGUCAAGUAUUUUGUCAAUAAAGCUGCUGAAGAUGAUGAUUUGCUGU